CUGACGUCAUUUCCCCACACAGACACAAAGUCGUCCUUUCAGUUGGCUGGAAGGCCUCUCUUCCUCUACCGCCAUCAUGGGUCGCAUGCACGCUCCAGGAAAGGGCUUGUCCCAGUCGGCGUUGCCUUACAGGCGAAGUGUCCCCACUUGGCUGAAGCUGGCCUCUGAUGAUGUCAAGGAACAGAUCUUCAAGCUGGCCAAAAAGGGAUUGACCCCCUCUCAGAUUGGUGUCAUUCUAAGGGACUCCCACGGUGUGGCCCAGGUGCGUUUUGUCACCGGCAACAAGAUUUUGAGGAUCCUCAAGACCAAGGGCCUGGCCCCAGACCUCCCAGAGGACCUGUAUCACCUCAUCAAGAAGGCUGUGGCUGUCAGGAAGCAUCUGGAGAGGAACAGAAAGGACAAGGAUGCCAAGUUCCGCCUGAUCCUCACCGAGAGCAGGAUCCACAGGCUGGCCCGUUACUAUAAGACCAGGAGAGUAGUUGCUCCCAACUGGAAGUAUGAGUCGUCAACAGCUUCUGCUCUGGUGGCAUAAUCAUCACGUUUUGGAGAAAUAAAGAAUUUGGAUUCAAA